AGAUAAGUGUUUCAUCUAACCCAGUCUAAACUUACGAAAUCCUAGUCUCAGAUUUCAAAUCUUCACACAGCGAAAUGAAAUCUAUUCUCCUGUCAAUCUUCUUCAUUCUUUUUACCUAUGUUUCAGCCGACGAAUCCCACACCUGGACCCAAUUUCCAGCCAUCAUAGCCGUAGCAAAACAACAAUCCUUGACGUCACUAGUUCAAGCUAUCGAUUGUGAUUAAGACAUUAACAACGAAAUCAACUACAGCGUUGAUGAUCCCACUGGUUACGUCCACAUUGAUUCCGUGAGUGGUUUAAUCACUAUUGAUCCGAUCAAUAGCGACGAAUCCAACGGCCAGAUAACGUUCAAUGUCACCGCCUACGAGGCAAUAAACCCAGAAUCAUCCAUCAUUGGUACCAUUUUGGUUCUAUUUUAUGGCAACAAAAUGUAGAUACAUAUUUGUUAAAAAUCAAAAUCCGCUUGAUUCUAACUGACUAAUUUCUAAACCAACGCUAUCGCACUUAGCGAUUAUGAGAUAAACGAAAUCCACCAGAUUACAGAUGAGGCAAUUAUCGAGAGUAGUAAAAAUUGAGUUCUUUAGUUCAGUCGCGUUGAAAAUGAAUAAACUUGUAGUUUUCGCCCUUUUUACCCUUCUUUCAAGUGGGCAAGUCCAACUUGGUGCCACAGUCAAUGAGGGGCCGGUACUAAAAGCAGAGGAUUGCUACAUGCCGGAAGGUGUACCCAUAACCAAAAAAAACUCCUCAUGUGAGUACACCAUAAGUAGUGCCGAAGGACACUUAGCUAACAUCACUUUCACCAUAGAAGGAGCUCCGAACGCCGGUGAUAUUUUCGAAAUGCGGUACUUACAACCACCUGGAAACAUGAGUACGACCAAAAUUAUCUUCUUGGUACUGAAAGACAACCAAAUUCUGGAUUAUGAAACCCAGACACGGUUUGACAUCACCGUACUUGCUGAGGGUGCUAGCGAAAAAGUACCCAUUACGGUGUACGUAUACCAAGCGCCGGUGUUGAUCGAUUUUCCAAGCAUUGUGGAAAUUGAAGAAGAGCAAGACAAUACGACGUUGACCAUAUCAGGUACAGCAGGCGGUGGACAUGCUCCCGGUAACAUUAGUAUUAGCGUUAUUCGCUCCACAUUCUCUCAUUUAAAAUUAGGCCAUGGAAUAAACACCUUGGACAUUGUAGUACCAACAAUUGACAGAGAGAUGCUGCACAGUUUUGCCGUCUAUGUGGAGGCGAAAUAUUACGAAGCACCGAAUCGGGCUGUAGCUGGCAAGUCUUUCAAAGUAAACGUGAUCGAUAUAGACGACAAUCCGCCAAAAAUAAAAGUACCAGGGCCUAGGCAAAUCGAAGUCACGGUACCUCAAAAUGCCACAAGUGUGUUUGUUACAAACUUUACAGUCAGUGACCCAGAUCAAGACCAAAAUUCUGCGUUUUCUGUUAGUCUGAGCACCCCUGACUUCCAGUCACUUUUUCAACUGUCAGCUUCAAGUGGUGUGGGUGAAGAGACUUUUGAUAUAACCGUUGAUCCAACGAAGGUGCAUGACAGUGACGGGAUUUGGAACACCUUCGUGGUGGAGUUGCACGCCAAAGGGGUCAAUAAUGAAAACUUUGAAGAUUCGUUGUCGAUAAUUGUUACCUUAAACAACCCAAAUUCGGCGAGUGCGGCUUUGGGUACUGCUUCGGCUAUAUUUUUCUCAAUACUUGUAAAUAAGGUGGUACCUUUAAUAUUUUUUUAAUAAAUGUAUGUAAUUAGCAAA